AUGGAAGUUGCUUAUCGUGUUAGAUUGACGGCGGUUCUAGAUAUUGUGCGAUUCUUGUUAAGACAAGGUUUAUCUUUUCGGGGGCAUGAUGAAUCUUCAAGUUCCAAGAACAAAGGUAAUUUUUUGGAGUUACUCUAUUGGUAUGGUGCGCGUGUUGAUAAGAUUGCCAAGACAUUGAAAGCAAAUGCUCCCGGGAAUAACCAAAUGACUGCUCCAAAAAUUCAAAAAGACUUGGUACAUUCUUGUGCUGAAAAAGUGAGAUCACUCAUUAUUGAAGACAUUGGUGAUCGGAUUUUCUCACUUAUGGUUGAUGAAGCUAGAGACAUUUCAGUGACGGAACAAAUGGCUAUUGUUUUGAGAUAUGUUGAUUCCCGUGGACAAGUGAUUGAGAGAUUUCUUUGUGUAGAGCAUGUGACAGACACUUCAUCCCACACUUUGAAAGAAGCCAUUGAUAAUUUGUUUGCAAAAUAUGGAUUGUCCCUAUCAAGGUUAAGAGGUCAAGGUUAUGAUGGAGCUUCUAACAUGCGAGGAGAGUUUAAUGGCCUAAAAUCACUUAUAUUGAAGGAUAAUCCAUAUGCAAGGUAUGUUCAUUGCUUUGCACAUCAACUUCAAUUAGUUGUUGUUGGUCUUGCAAAAAAAAUGCCUAUUAUCAAUGACUUCUUUAGUUAUGUGAUCAAGAUUGUCAAUUUGGUUGGAGCAUCAUGUAAAAGGAAAGAUGCACUUCGACAAAGCCAACAUGAAAGUAUAGUUACACGUAUAGAGAAAGGUGUAAUUUCUACUAGCAGAGGUUGCAAUCAAGAGACAAGCCUUGCAAGACCUGGGGACACACGUUGGGGAUCUCAUUAUUAUACAAUACUUCGUCUUCAAAUGAUGUGGCCAGCGGUAAUGGAUGUUGUUGGAAAUGUUCAUGAUGAUGGAACUAAUCAUGAACAACAAGGUGUAGCUUUGGGUUUGAUUGAUCGCAUGGAAAGAUUUGAAUUUGUGUUCAUAUUAUUUUUGAUAAAAAAGGUGUUAGGUAUAACAAAUGGCUUGUCACAAGCCUUGCAAGAGAAAAAUCAAAAUAUAGUGAAUGCUUUAGACAUGGUUGAAGGUGUCAAGUUUAAGUUGCAAUCAUUGAGAGAUGAUGGACGGGAUGAAUUGUUGGCUAAUGUUUCAAAGUUUUGUGUUGAAAAUGAUAUUGAGAUGCCAAAUAAUAUGGAAGAAAGAUUGUUGGUCCGCGGUCGUCCAAGACGUGAGAAGCAAACCACUACAUAUUUGCACUAUUAUCGUGUUGAGGUUUUUUACUCGGUUCUUGAUAUGAUCAUGCAAGAUAUGAAUACUCAUUUUUCAGAAUCUACUAUUGAAUUGCUUUCUUACAUAAGUUGCCUUGAUCCAAAACAAUCAUUUUCAAGAUUUGAUGCUGUCAUAUUAGUUCGUAUUGCAGAGUUGUAUCCAGAAGAUUUCUCAGAAUUGGAUCGAAUGGCAUUAGUAGAUCAAUUAGAGAUAUAUCCUCUAGUUUAUCGGUUGAUUGAGUUGGCGUUGGUCUUGCCUAUUUCAACUACUUCAGUUGAAAGAGUUUUUUCAGCAAUGAAUAUCAUCAAGACUGAUUUGCGCAACAAAAUGGAGGAUGAUUUUUUGACUGAUAGCUUGCCCGGGCUGGACCAAAUUUCUGGGUCCGCCACUGUGGUCGGGAAUAUUGCGGAGUGCAUUUCGCGGCAGUUUAAAAUUGCCGCGAAAUGUAGUGGGGGUACAUUUCGAGAUACUUUUCACAACCAUUUCGCGGCGUUUGGAAAACCACCACGAGAUGCAAGUAGGUGA